ACAUAAAACAGCGUCUGGAGAUCCGAGGGACAACAUGUGCGCAAGCGUAUGCACACCUUUUAGGUACUGCGCUUGCGCAUUUGAUCAACCGGAACAAAUCCGCGGCCGGAACAAAUCCGCUGGCACAACGGAUCAAGACUUCGCGCGCUCUUCACAUCCGGGUGGUUUCUCAAGUCUUCACUCUAGAGUAAACAGUAACGUGUAGACGCGCAAUGAGUUCUCCCACUUCAAGCCUCAAGAAGACCAAAAGGACACCUCUUCCUGCUAUCAAAAGUCCAGACAGCCGUAAAUUGACUAUCCCAUACCGCCAACCGAUUUCUGGUUCUUUACACAGUCCCAAAGGUCACGAUACUAUGGCAAGCCCAGAUGCUUUGGAGAGAGAACUAAGAAAAAGUUUCCAUGGCCAUCAGCAGCCCUGUAGUCCUUCUGAUGGCGAGUUCAUUGCUUCAAUGGCUCGGAGACUUAGUGUAUUAGAACAGCAGCUGUUGGCUAAAUGUAAGGAGAUUGUAGAGAAAGACGAGAAGAUAAAUGUGUUGGAAGACAGGCUUGCUGUGUUAGAAGCAUCACGGAGUUCGGGUUGCGUUUCAACGUACUUGCCAGUUACGGAGUUGCAACGGAAGUGUCUCGUGCUGCAAAAGCGACAGCAAGAAAUGGAGAGAUUUCUUGCUGACUAUGGCAUGAUAUGGGUUGGAGAUGACUCGGGUGAUGAAAAUCAUGAAGAUGAUGCGUAUCAAGAUGAGAAUUUUGGUGAUGGAAUGUGGAGGCCUGGUAUAGUGUUUGUUUGUUUGUGUGUGUGUGUGUGAGAGAG